AUGUUCCCAAGACAACAUUGCGAAGAAAAACAAGACAGCUCCAAGGGUUAUUUAGGAGGGAGAAAGGCCACUUUCUCCAAAGCCAUAGAAGACGAGAUUGCAGGUCAUAUAAUCGAAAUGGAGACAAGAUUUUUUGGACUAACUUCCAAAGAUUUACGGCGGAUGGUAUUUGAAGUAGCCGAAAAAAAUAAAAUAAAACAUUGUUUCAAUCGGGAAGUUAAACUGGCAGAUUGGAAGUGGGUUAGGGGACUCCUAAAACGCAAUCCACAAAUAUCUUUGAGAAGCCCAGAAAGUACGUCAUUAGCUAGAGCCCAGGCAUUUAACAAACCUAAUAUAGAAGCCUAUUUUAACGCACUAUCCAAUAUUCUGGAGCAGUACAACUUUUUGUCCGAAAAUAUAUACAAUAUGGAUGAAUCAGGUUUGACUACGGUGCAAAAAAAAUGCCAAAAAAUUUACGCUGCAAAAGGUCGGAAGCAAGUGGGUGCUCUUAGUAGUGCCGAGCGUGGAUAG